AUGCCGCGCGGUCGGUUUUCGAACGGGAAACGCGGGCCGACACUGCCUAAGCGUUUGAGCGUGGCCAAGAAGGGAAACGAGGUGGUACAGCAUGAGCAAGAUGACGGCACUGGUGCAGAGAGUGCUUCAUCGUCCGAGCGCAAUGAAGAGGAUGGCGAGGCAGACUCAGACACAUCGGCCUCAGCCUCACCCGAAGAAUCUGGCGAACCUGCCACUGGAGGGAAGACGGCCGAUGAUGGGUGUGCGGGAACCGCUUCACCCAAAGCAGACGGGCGCGAAAGUUGGGGCGCGGGGGAGACGGAUGUGUUUCGGGGCGAAGGUCGAGGACAUGUGGACGUGCAUGUAGACCGCGCAUGCGGGACCCCAGUGGACACCGACGGCGAUGACGUGCGCAUCUCGAGCAGGGUUCUCGAGCAACUCAUCCAGGCUCAGGACAGGAGCGGCAAGGAGAACACGCGGUUGGAGGCACUGUUCUUGAAUGCAAUGGCGCAGCAUUCUGGUGGAUCUCGUAAGCGUAAGGCUCGGAAGCAGAGAGACCCGGAGCAGGGCUUCGCUUGUUUGGCGUUGGCGGCUGACAAGUCGCGACGGGCGGAUCUCAACGAGACGCUGUCGGAGUGGAAGACAAGGGCUGCCGCUCGCGUGCGAGACAUUGCACUUCCCAAGCUCGGCCUGUUCCGGGACGACAGGGACGCAUCCAGCCCGUGGGCACCUGAAAAGGAGCGUAGUAUCGAGAAGAUAAGGGAGCGCAUUGGGCUUGGCGCUGACCCCCCUGGUGAGUGCAUGAGACGCGCGUUGGAGUCGUCGACCGUUUCUAGUCAUGCACCAAUGCGAGAAUUGUGGACAUUGAUACCCACGCUUCGGAUGUGGUGUGCAGAAGCUCUAGUGCUGACGAGCUGGGCGCACGACAGGGAUGGCAUGCUGUUUGCCUCCCGGGCGUUCGCGACAUGUCCGAAGGCUGCCUUCAAGCCAAAGAAGGCAGGGCUGGUGAUGACCCUUAAGGUCUCCGAAUGCGUCCUCUACUGGGAGGCGCGGAAAGGCCGGCUCUCCAACUUGGCGGGCGGGAACGCCCACGUUGUGGAUGGGCUCAAGGUCCUGGUCAAGGAGGACGUGGAGAGGGCGAUCCGUAUCCGCAACCCCGAGUAUGACGCGGAGCGCGAGGCGUGGAUUUGGGGGCGCCAUGGCCUGCGCAUCUCUGCGUGCGGCCUGGAGCACAUGAAGCCCGCGGCCGCCGCCCAGUCCGAAGGCAUCGUAGGGGAUGACGACCUUUCGGCAUCAGAAAAAUGUCCGCCCAGUUUGGGGCAGUAA